AUGUCAGCCCCGACAACAGACAGCACAGAAGCAAUCACGAAUUCCGGAUAUGGAAGUAGUGAUGAGACUGCCAGCCUUCUUGUAUCGGGACCCUCCGUAACCGUCAUAGUACCAAGUGAAAAUAGAACUGUAAAACCCGUAUUACAAAGGCAAGAUUGCACAACCCAUUUGAGGCCACAAUUAUCAGGUGGCCCUGGAAGUGAAGAGAGUGCAGCAUCUGUCAGAAUGGAAGAAGGGGCUGCGAGAAGUGUUCCCGAUAUAGAACUACAAUGUCGCGACCAACAAGUUGACCGGCCGCAAACAUUAGUCUCUCCAAUCGCAACUUGCUCACACAGAGGCUCAGUAACCACCUGCCAGUUAGUUCCCCAAGCGUACGCCAGAUGUCGCGUCUGUGAACGAAGGCAGUCAACAGCACCAAUGUCGGCGUUGCAACUAGCGCGCUCUGUGUCCAGAGAAAGUGUACGAUCUGCUUUACACUAUCCUUGUGGUUGUAGUUCACUACACGCUGUCAGUACCUGUCCUGUCAUUCAACCUCCAGCCUUAUUGUUACCGGCGACAAGUACUAGAAUCAUCCGACAGAGUUCACAGCCAGAGUCUAGCGCAUGCGCGGCGCACUGCCCUCACCACGCCCAUCACCACCCUAGCGCCUCACUGCGGCAACUGAGAGAACCAGGGGAUGGAAUCGCGGGAAUCGCAGCCGACUCGCUACGUAUCAACGGGGGAAUGCGACCAUUUAAACAGGGGCUGCUCCUCUGUCCGCAAACCCUGUCGCAGACUCGCCGGGCCCGACUGAGGCGCGCGUUCACUGAAGCCACGGGGGAUACGGUUACCUACGUUAAGACGGUGGGAUUCAAAUUAUUGGAAUUAUGCACCGCCAAAAUUCUGCUAUCGAUUGUGCAAUCUAAAUCAUAA